UGGGGCAGGCCUGGGGCUCAGAGUGUGUGACAAGGACUGUCAUGGGUGUCUCGGGUGUCAGUCUCAGGACUCGCCUUCCAGUAGGGAGAGAUGGACAGAUAAACCAGUGCACAUGUGGUGAGAGAUCAGGUGGUACUCAGGGCCAGGAAGAAAUAUAAGCUGGGUCAGGGGACAGCAAAUGAGGUUGGAGACUGUUAGGGCAUCCCAGAACACCUCUCUGGGAAGGAGACAUCUGAGCCAAGAGCUGGAGGAGGUGAGGUUCAGCCAUGUGGAAAGCAGUCUCCUUCACACAUACACCCUGAAGCAGCCCCAGCAGCUCCCAGACCUCCUUCCUCAUCUUACAUGCAGACAGAACAUUCCGGGCAGAAGGUGCAGAAUGUGCAAAGGCCCUGUGGUAGGACCCAGUUGGGCCUGUGGGAGCAACAGCGGGAAAGCAACGUAGAUGGAGAGGUGUGAAGGCGGAGAACGGGCAGGUUGUGAAGGGGGCCUCAGGAUUGUGUCGGGCGUGUGGUGGAAGGGCUUGGUGCAGGAGCGACAAGCUUGGGCUUAGGUUUUAGAAGGCUUCCCGUGGCUGCCCAGGGGAGCCUGGGAUGGCAGGUGAGGUGUCUUAAAAAUGGUGUUUUUAUAGAAGUAAAUGUCACAUGGGGCUAGGGUGGGGCUACAGGAUUCAUCUUUUCUGCAACCCGAGGUGGUCAGCUGAGGGCAGAGGGGCAGGGAUGGACAGGAAGCAGGUCCCAGAGGCCUUGGGUCAUGAAAAGCGGGCCACCUGUGUGUCUGAGCAGAGCAGGAGGGGUGAGGCCACGAAGCCAGAGCCUUGGCUAAUCAGAAAGCUCUGCGGUGUAGUACAGGGAGAGAGCCCCCAAAGAAAAACCCAACCAGCCAGCAGUGCGGCAGCCCCGCCAGGGACCCACCAAUGAGGCCCAGAUGGCGGCCGCAGCAGCCCUGGCCCGGCUUGAACAAAAGCAGCCCAAGGCCCGGGGCCCCACGUCUCAGGAGUCCAUCCGGAACCAGGUGAGAAAGGAACUUCGAGCUGAAGCAACUGUCAGUGGGAGCACGGAGGCCCCCGGCACCAACAUGGUGCCCAAGCCCAGAGAGGAGGGGUCAGCCCACCUGGCUGUGCCCGGGGUGUGCUUCACGUGCCCGCUCACAGGGGCCACGCUCAGGAAGGACCAGCGGGACGCCCACAUCAAAGAGGCCAUCCUCUCGCACUUCUCCACCGACCCAGUGGCUGCUUCCAUCAUGAAGAUCCACACAUUCAACAGAGACCGGGACAAGGUGAAGCUGGGCGUGGACACCAUUGCCAAGUACCUGGACAACAUCUGCUUGCACCCGGAGGAGGAGAAAUAUAGGAAGAUCAAGCUGCAGAACAAAGUGUUCCAGGAGCGCAUUAACUGCCUGGAAGGGACCCACGAGUUUUUUGAGGCCAUUGGCUUCCAGAAGGCACUGCUUCCGGUUCCCGAUCAGGAGAGCCCAGAAGAGUUCUACGUGCUGAGCGAGGCCGCGGUGGCCGAACCCCAGAGCCUGCAGAGACACAAGGAUCAGCUGUUGGUCGCCGAGCCCGUGCGGGCCACACUGGCCCGCCAGCGCCGGGUCUUCCGGCCCUCGCCCAUGGCCUCCCAGUUUGACCUGCCCGGGGACUUCUUUAACCUCACGGCGGAAGAGAUCAAGCGGGAACAGAGGCUCCGGUCCGAGGCCGUGGAGCGGCUGAGUGUGCUGCGAACCAAGGCCAUGCGGGAGAGGGAGGAGCAGAGAGAGCUGCGCAAGUACACCUACACGCUGCUGCGCGUCCGCCUCCCCGACGGCUGCCUCCUCCAGGGGACCUUCUACGCCCGGGAGCGGGUGGGAGCACUGUACGCCUUCGUGCGGGAGGCCUUGCAGAGCGACUGGCUGCCCUUUGACCUGCUGGCUUCGGGGGGGCAGAAGUUGUCGGAGGAGGACAGCCUGGCCUUCAACGAGUGCGGGCUGGUGCCCUCGGCCCUCCUGACCUUCUCGUGGGACGCAGCUGUGCUAGACGACAUCAGGGCGGCCGGGGCCGAACCCAACUCAUCUAUUCUGAAACCGGAGCUCCUGGCGGCCAUCGAGAAGCUCUCGUGAAAUAAAAGCAGGGUUGGCUUUAGCCCGCGUGGGUCUGUCUCAUGCUCUCCUGCUUCCUCCCCGUCCCCCCGGAACCCCCCCUCCCACAGAACUGCCUGCCCUGGUGGGUGCACAGAGCACUGCGGGCACCGGGGAGGAGCACGGCCGAGACCUGUGCCUGGGGCCGCCACCUGGAGAGGGCUCCUGGGGGGCCGCUGCCUGUCGUCCCCCUGGGUGCAAGCCUGCCAUAGCCACCUGUUGAUGAGCCCCUGGGAGGGAGAGUAGUUCUGCCGCGUGGGCCAGGUGGCCACCCUGGCCCUGAUGCUGAGCCACGGGGUUGCUGGAGACAGUGACAGCAGAGGGAGAUAGAUGUAGGGCCUGUCAGGACAUGGUUCUGUGAUAACUGAAUCUGAAUCCGAAUAAACAGGACAUCUGACUA